AUGGAGCCCAACAUAGGCAACCAACCUGAAGGCGGCCUAUGCGAUCGUUGCAGAGGCCUGAAUCUGUCCCGAUACAAAUUCACAACCCAGGAGACGGCAACGGCUUCAUCUGCAACGAUUACAGGAGACUUUGACGCUGCCGGCUUGGACUCGGCGGAUUUGGGUUUUCUCGACGAAAUAUACCAAAAUCGCGUUACGUGCUCCUUUUGCCGGCUCCUAUACAAUGCCACCCACUCAAGCACCGGAUUCGGCAUCGGCUACGAUGGACUCAACGACCAGGGGAAGAGGAUUCGCUGUAGCAUGGAGUGGCAUCAUGAUUGCAGAGGUGGUGACUCCAUGCCGACUACACGGAGACUACGUGUCUUCAGUGAUGACACUGAGUUCACGGGGUUCUACGUUGUACCCAUCCUACCGUCCUCAACAGAGAAGGUAUCACUUCUGGGUAAGUUGAAGGAUUGUGAUGCUGUGGACUAUCAACUUCUUUCAAGCUGGCACGAGGUAUGCUCAGCCACUCAUGAGAGCUGUCAAGAGCACCAAAAGAAAGGCUCGUAUCCCUUCAAGCAUCCUAUACGACUUAUCGACGUCAAUACCAUGCGUCUUUGCGAAGUAGACAUGAAAGUCUCUCCCGUCAAAUACGCCGCAUUGAGUUACGUCUGGGGCGGGGCGAUACCUAUGGAUCCCCGCCAAAGUUCACUACUCCGAAGGUCAAAUUUGCAAGACCUGGUCGAAAGAGUUCCCGAGGAGUCGUUACCUAGGACCGUACAGGAUGCUAUCACUGUUGUCCGCGAACUCGGACUCGGCUAUCUUUGGGUCGAUGCAUUCUGCAUCAUUCAGGAUGAUAUGAAAGACAAAGACCAGCAGCUCGCAUCCAUGUCGCAGAUCUACCAGCAGGCGACACUGUCCGUAUGUGCCGCAUACGGGGCCGACUCGGGCGCCGGAAUUCCGGGCGUCUCUUUGCCGCCUGGGGGUCAGAAUGUUGAAUUGUACAAGGAAAUACCGCUUACCACGCUGGUGCCAGUCGCGACCAUCGUCGGCACGAGUGUGUGGGACUCCAGGGCCUGGACAUUCCAGGAGCGUCUUCUUUCGACAAGGUGUGCUAUCUUCACCGCUUACGGGAUGAUCUGGCAGUGUCCGACCACCACUUGGCGCGAAGAUAUCGAGUCCUCUCUGAGCAGGCCGGCAUGGACCUUGGAUUCAGUUGCGUCGCCGCUACAGGCACUCCAGGGGAACCCUCUACGCAGCUACAUCAACUGUGUCAACAUCUAUUCCGGUCGCCUGCUCACGUUCCUUGGGGACAAACUGGUGGCCUUUACCGGCCUCACUCAGAUUCUCAGCCGAGGGCUCUCAUCAAAGAUUGAAUAUGGCAUGCCACUGCGGUAUCUCGACUGGGCCCUUUUGUGGGAGCCUGAGUCCACCGGCAAGCGGAUCACGGCAAGUGAGGACGUCGGGCUGGUGAGCUGGUCUUGGUGUGGAUGGGAGCAAAAGGUCAACUGGAGAUUCUCAACAAUCGAAGGGACGUUAUUCAACCUGCACAACUGGUUGACGGAGCAUACCUGGAUCGUGUGGUAUCUUGGAGAUGGUGAGAAGUGGAAUCUGGCCUGGGAUAUGAAGGAGUGUAUAGCCUCAUCAGCGUCGCUCAGUCGCUGGGACGGCUAUUGUUCUGGAUCCCAUGACGAGUACGGAAGAUCUGGAGAGGUCAUUCGACUUCGGGACAAGCGCAGGCUCAACACCGACAGGACUAGCGAGAAGGGUGACGUGAGGUGCCUUGCAGUGUUCAACUGGAUUCGACCCGGCAAAGGGUUUCUACUAUUCCAGACAUUUACCAGCUGGUUCGCACUUUCACGCAAGAGCCACUCUAAACAAACAGACAUGGGCAACGGCUUGUACCGCUUCGGCCUCACCGACAAGUUGGGAGAUUGGUGUGGGACAGUGAUCCUGGACAAGGAGUGGUUCAACAGUGUUGGCGGCUUAUUUGAGUUUGCUGCCAUUUCCGAUGCUAAGGAGUUUAACUUUGAGGAGCUCGAUACAUGGAAUUACUAUAUACCUGAAGAGAGGCAGCAGGCUGAGUGGUAUUGUUUCUACGCUCUGAUGUUGAGCUGGAAGGAGGGCAUCAAUGGAGAAACUGUGGCCGAGAGGGUUGGGUUAGCCAAGAUCUAUCAGUCUUCGUUUUUCAGCAGGUCCUUUAAGCCGUGCUCUUGGAGGUCUAUAGUGUUAGGGUGA